AUGACCGAGGAAGAGGACGCGAAUUGCCUGGAAGCGGAGCCUACGCAACUGCAACAUCUAUGCGGAGUGCACAACUACCUCGAUCCCAUUUCGGUUCUCGAGAAAGCACUGGAUAGUGGUUCCGCCUCUCACCCACAUCCAUUCUCUCCUAAUAUGACCAUAGUCUUAAAUGAUCCCACUUGGUGGCCGAUCAUCAAUGCAUAUCGGUUUUCCAGCUAUUUUUCAGUUGCGGCAUUUGUUGGACUGACAUAUGAUUGGGCACUUACAUUCGGACAAGAGGUCGAAUUGGUCUGGAAGCAACGCUGGUCCCUAAUGACAGUCCUGUAUCUCAGCGUGCGCUACCUUGGAAUCUUAUAUGCUGUCCUGGGCAUCCUGAUUCAUGUUCCCACCAUCUCGCUGACAGGUACAGUGAGCUUGAUUGUGUACAACCUAUGGAAUUGUACGAGUGUCCUGGUAUUCACAAUGCUGUGGGUCAUCAGCGUCACUCGGUUGUAUGCCAUGCAUCAAGGAUCCAGAAAGAUCCUGAUACUUCUCAUUGCCACCCUCCUGCUUGUCGACAUUUUCGAUGUGGUGGCAGCUGUACUGGAAAACCUACAUGUUUCAGGGGAGGAACUCAUUCUCUCCGGCACUCAUCAGUGCUUGAUCGGCAGCUACUAUGAGGAAGAUAUCCCACUGCUGAAUUACAUUUCUUGGAUGGUCUCCAUUGCGUGGGAGGUCCUCGCACUGUCUCUCGCAGUUUGGAUUGCGGUAAAACACUUCCGUGAACUGCGACGACAUUCGGCAGGAGGGAUUAUCGGGGACUGUUUCACGGUGUUGAUGAAAACUCACGUGGUUUACUUUGCGAGCUUUGUUGCCGUUUCUUGCAUUAACCUCAUUCUUGAUUUCGCUCCAAUAUCCUCAGCGGACCAGGUUUCCCUGGGAAAUGAGACUUUUGGUGGCUUACUUCAGAUUUUGGAAGUCGUACAAAUGUUUGUGCUGGGACCACGACUGAUCCUUGGCGUUCGAGAAUUUAACGCUAAACUCGUGGCUGACUCCGACGCGGCAACCGGCAUGAUCUCAAUCGUUUUCCAAGAGCGUGUGCAUAUAUCGACUAGCAGUAGUGUGUAA